AUGGAAGUUGUUGCUGAUGCGAAAACUGAAGACGAACAUUAUUCUCAUCGUCUACGAAAAUGUUCGGAUCCAUUAGAUGUGUUUCUAACAAUGAUUCUGUAUGUGAAAAUCCGUAACAAAGCUUCUCUUGAAGUCACAUCAGCAGAUACUUCAUCCAAUUCUGUAAAUGACAUUAAGGCAAUACAGAGAUGGUUUCUAAGUAAAAGUGGUCAGCCAAGUGAAUUAUGUUAUGGUUAUCGUCUGGAUCCUGGCAUACAGAAUUCAUGGUAUAUAGAAUGA